UGAUGGCAAUUUACGACUUUUUCCAUCUGUGAGCAUUCGUAUUACGUAGAUAAACAUGCCAAUAUCUUUACUCUUAAUCAUUUAGCUCGCCUAAUAUAUCGGUAGGUAAAGUAUAUGUAGUAUCUAAAACUAUUGUGGGCGUCUUAUUGAGAUGGCGGUGUGUAACUUUUUUAUUAACGUGCUGUGACUUUUAUGAUAUCAUUUCACAGCAUCCGAUUUUAAGUCGCAGUCAGUUUUAAUCAUAAAGAGCAGGAGCGUAAACAGUCAUGUCAGUGACAGGUAAGUUAGAUUCGCCAGAUGAGUUAGAUGUUUUCCCCCAUCAGCCCACUGAUCUGAGUGAAAGGACACUGACACCAGAAGAGAUGGAGAAACUCACGAGUGACCGGGUCUUAGUCUCAGACUUCAAGCAGCAGAAACUCGAAACGGAUGCUCAGAAAAACUGGGACUUAUUUUAUAAAAGAAACACGACGAACUUUUUCAAAGACAGACACUGGACCACCAGAGAGUUUGAUGAACUGAAAAACUGCAGAGAGUCUCAAGGACAGAAGCUGGUGUUGUUGGAGGCUGGCUGUGGGGUUGGAAACUGUAUUUUCCCCCUUCUAGAAGAGGAUCUCAGUAUCUUCAUCUAUGCCUGUGACUUCUCUCCACGAGCUGUUGAGUUUGUGAAGCGAAAUGCCUUGUAUUGCACUGAGCGAUGCCUUGCGUUUCAGUGUGACCUCACUAAGGAUGAUCUUCAGGCCACCAUACAAGUGGAAACAGUGGAUGUAGCCACAUUGAUAUUUGUUCUGUCUGCAAUUCAUCCUGAAAAGAUGCAGAAAGCCCUAGAACAAAUUUUUAAGGUAUUAAGACCAGGAGGUAUUGUCCUCUUCAGGGACUAUGGACUGUAUGAUCAUGCCAUGUUGAGGUUUAAGUCAGGCAAUAAGCUGGGGAAGAAUUUCUAUGUAAGACAGGAUGGGACCCGUUCCUUUUUCUUCUCAAGAGAGUACUUGGCUGGUUUGUUCCAACAGGCAGGAUUUGAGACUCUUGUGAACGAGUAUGUGCUGAGAGAAACUGUGAAUAAAAAAGAGGGUUUGUGUGUUCCCCGAGUGUUCCUGCAAAGUAAAUUUUGCAAACCUGUUUCCUCAUAAUGACCAGCAUAAAUAAGCCACAUUUUUGUA